AGGACCGACAGUCGAUUUCCGACCAAUCCAACAACAACGGAAGUUGAGCAUGAGAAAAAAGAGAGAUGAAGUUAGUUGGCUAACGUUAACUUAUUAUCUUUGAAGGGACGAGUGAAGGCCGUUAUUCGCUGAAGAGAACAUAUCUCUUCGAUAUCCUCUGAAAUUAUAUAACCCUCCUGGGUUAAGCCAUCAGUUUCUCUGAGAAACGGGAACACAGUACCAGCCAGGAUGGAUCCAGCUCUACUGAGGGAGAGGGAGCUGUUCAAGAAAAGAGCUCUAUCCACUCCAGCAGUAGAGAAGAGACAGGCUGCCUCAGACUCGGGAUCACACAAGAAGAAGAAGCCCAAAGCUGACAAGGAGGGCUCCUCAGGGUCCAAACACAGUGCUGAGUCUAGUAAUGGCAGCUUUAACAUCAAGACGAGCUCUGGGUACAAGUUUGGCUGCCUGGCCAAGAUAGUCAAUUAUAUGAAGACAAGGCAUCAGAAUGGUGAUACACACUUCUUGACUCUUGAAGAGAUUCUGGAUGAGACAAAACUUCUUGAUAUCAGCAUGAAACAGAAACAGUGGCUCAUGACUGAGGCUUUGGUCAACAACCCAAAAAUUGACGUCAGGGAUGGGACGUAUGGCUUCAAGCCCAAAUACAACCUUAAAGAUAAGAAAGCUCUACUGAGGCUGCUGGACAAACACGACCAGCUGGGCCUGGGAGGAGUGCUGCUGGACGAUGUAGAGGAGGGGCUGCCAAACUCAGCAAAGGCCAUCAAGGCUUUGGGGGAUCAGAUCAUCUUCGUGACCAGACCAGACAAGAAGAAGAUCCUGUUCUACAAUGACAAACACUGCCAGUUUGCUGUGGACGAAGAAUUCCAGAAACUGUGGAGGAGCGUUCCAGUUGAUUCCAUUGAUGAUGAGAAGAUUGAAGAGUACCUGAAGAAACAAGGAAUUUCCUCCAUGCAAGAAACGGGACCAAAGAAAGUGCUACCAGUGCAAAAGAGGAAGAAGCAAGGUGGGCAGAGGAAGAGACACUUCAAGACCCACAACAACCAUCUGGCAGGUGUCCUGGAGGACUAUUCGGAUGGCGUCCCUGUAAAGAAGUGAGAUCCUCCCCCUCACUGCUUCAGGCCCUCAGAGGGGCGAUGUAGAAUCUGUAAAUCGAAGAUGGCAGGAGAUGGAGAUCCUGGCCACACUACGAUAGACUUUUUCAUGGCAAACAAAUUAGCUUCUUUUCCUUUCUUUGCACUCCUCUCAGUGAUCAGUGGUCAUGUAUUAAAUGGAGUAAAUACCAACUGUGUUGUGGAAUCCUUUUUAGUUUAUUGAUCAGUGAUAACUGAAGGGCAUGGAGGAAAAGAGCAGAGACCAUUAAGGACACCAAAGUGAGCUACAACCUUACUGUUAAAUUGUGUACAUUUGUUUUUGUUCAUUUUAUUUACUAUAAUGUAAAGGAGUGUGUAUGUGUGUGUGUGUGCGUGCGCGCGUGUGGAAGGUAUUAUUUGAAAGAGUACCCUUCCACUCUGUCACUAGUGAUUGCAUUUGACAGGCUUGUGUUGUGCAGUGCAUCACGCUGAGGUCUCUCAGCCAUCAUGGAACAUCUUGGACAUUACUUACCAUGGAAUAUUUAAGUCCUUUCACUUUGCAGCACCAUGGCAUAGUGGUUUAAAAUACAAAAACUUUUUGAACUUAUUUUAAUAAAUGACACUGUUACAGGA